AUGAAAGUCAAGAUAGGCGGCCGUGGCGCAUACUCACACAUACGGAAAGAACCCCCAGAACCAGGGAGCAAGGGGUACGAUGAAUGGGAAGAAGACGAUCUGGUGGUAUUCUCAUGGAUCGUCGACAACAACGAAGACGAGAUCAUUGCUGAUUUCGCCUACCAUCAAACGUCCAAGGCACUAUGGGAUAGCCUUGCUGUGACGUUCGAGAACAAGGCGGACAAGUAUUUAAUCUACGAUAUGGAAGAAAAGAUCAUCACGAUUAAACAGGGGAACAUGGAUUUGGAAACGUAUUACCGGAGAAUCCAUGGACUAUGGAUCAAUGUCGACAGCUGCCAGAAGCAACCAAUCACAUGCUGCGACAAGGGAGUCGAUCAAUACCGAACCCAUUCGAACGAGAAACGAUUGUUCAAGUUCCUGGCUGGACUGAACCCGGAGUACGACCCGAUCAAGAGGGAUAUCCUCAAGGAGGAUCCCUACCCGUCAGUAGAGUCGGCGUAUGGAUGGGUGAAGACGGAGGCGGCUCGACGACACAUCAUGCCACCGGCAUCAUCUUCCCCCACCCCUGAAGCCGUCGGCAUGAAUACCGGAGAUACAUCAUCGGGAGAAGGAAUCGGAAGUGGGCUCGCUGCACAGAGCCACAGACCAAUACACCGGGGUGGAGGACCGCCGCGUCCCGCUGGAACUACCGGCCGACCGGGAAACCGCCUGGAUAAAUCGGGACUAUGGUGCACUCAUUGCCAGAAGCCCAAACACACGUACGAGACGUGUUUCAAGCGGUUGGGUUAUCCCGAAUGGUGGGAGGAGAGGCAGCGGACGAGGGCGGUGAAGAUGGCUGUCGGAUUCCCAGAGGAAGAACAACCCCGGAAUCAAAACGGUGGUCGUGGGGGAAUGACCAACCAAGGACCGGCGAUGAAUCCGGAGACCUCAACCGGCGGCGGCAGCAUCAGGGGAGCCGGCAAUUUCGCCGGACGAGAGGAAGCGGCGCCGAUCGGGAAAGGAGGAUAUUCAGACGAAGAGGAUACUUGGGCGUGGCACUGA